GAUUGCCCUCCCAGCCUCACCCUUUUCCCGUCCUGCGCCACCGCAUCCCACCUCUCUCUCCUCUCCUCCUCCAAGCAUGAAGGCUUCACGAAGAAUGUGAGCAAUCGAUGAAUGGUCUCAAGCAAAGCAAUCCAAUGUCCUCCUCCUACGACCGCUACGAGCGCUCAGCGCGCAGACCCCAGCCCGCCCCGUCGCGACGCGGCACCUUCUCCUACUGGCUCCCCCUCGCCUUCACCGUCACCGUCGCGACAGUUGGCAUCGUAGCCUGGAUAUGGAGUGAGCGAAGUGAUGACGAGGACGAGCUGCCUCCUCCCCCAGGCCGCCCGGCAGACAAUGUCUAUAACCGUCCAGAUUACGGGCGCAAUCCUGAUGGCAGUGUGAGAACUGGACCGCCCUCAUACGCAGAUGUCAGGCCGGGAGAAGUCGCGUAUGGGACAGCUCAAGGAAGGCCGGAAGAGCAGCAGACGUAUAUGGCGCGCAUGUCCGGGGCGUUGAAGAGGACGCCUAGCCCGCAGCAGAUCUAUGAUGGAGCGAGUCGCACGGUUCUUGGGGGCAUUGCGGCUGCUGGCGCAGUGGUGGGAAGCGCAUUGAGCAGUAUUAGAGAGGAGGAUAAGAAUGCAUAUAAGGACCACAGGACUUGGAGUGAAGAGGCGGAAGGGAGGGCUUCUGGAGUGAGUCCUGUCCCACAAGGAGGAAUCGAAAUGAGGAGUGCGAGCGAGCCUGGCGUACAACCGACAGCCAGAGCGCCUGUUGGAAAUGGAAAGAGGAAGACGGUCGCAAUUGUGGUUUCUGCAGAUACCACUAACGAUGAUGACUUUGAUGAUGAGGGUGGUUUCUACGAGCGUGCUUCUAUUCUCUCCCAUCUUCCUCGAAAUACCGAUUUCUCCAAGAUCCGACUGUUCGUCUUGAUAUAUGCGCCUGGUCUGAAGGAACACCCACUUGAUGCAGCUGCUGCGCGUGCACCUGGGUCUUUGAGCUCCUCGUUCUCCAAUAUUGGUCACGAACAAGCACAAUCACCAGGCCAAGAAGUUGAGAAAACAUUGACCUCUACUUCGUCAUCCCCAGCAUUCAACGCUGUGUACUCCCAAGCUCUCAGCCUGGUCGAAAAAGAAACAAUGGUCAUCCCCUUCACGACUCCCACAGGCCACGUCCACAUCCUUCGACAUCUCGGCCCCGAUACUGUCUACCUACAGGAAUCGCUCGCUGGAAACGACGGUGAAGUGAUUACACAUCUUCAAAGCUGGUUACGACAAGAUGUGGUUCUUGUUGUGGGUGCAGAUGGAGGACACGGCGGGCUAGCAGACAGUGAGAGCGAAGCUGAGCAUGUGGAGAAGAAAGAACAUUGGUGGGAGAAAGAGGAGAGAGUUGGAAGGGGUAGAGGAAUUGUGGUCGUGGAGGGAUUGCGGGUUGGUGAUGAUUGGGCGAGGAGAGUUGAAAAUAGGGAGUGAUGCUGCAAAUUUUACGAAGGGCUUUGGGGUUACGUAUGAUUUCAUGCACAGUUUUCAAUUUACUGAAUAUACGAAUUAUGCUCGAAGGUUGAUGCUGAGUUUUGGUUUUCAUACCAGCUCUGCCGAGGCUAAAAGCAGCUUACAGCUUGAUGGGGAGAAUUCUCAACCACUACAAUAAAAACGGCCAGAGGCCACAUACACG